CCACCGGAAGUACACAAGACAACCGGCCAACUUGGACGUGGCGAAAAACAAAUGCAUAAGAAUGUUUACAUCUAGGCAUAUAUGUAAAUGAAGUAAUCUAAUAAUCUUAACAAAACAAAAAGAAGAAAGAAUACGAUAUAAAAAUAACAAGGCAGCGAUUGAAGGUUGAUUGACAAAUUUAACAAUGACAGAUUUAGGAGAGAGCUCGUCACCUUCCGCCCCUGGGGCUGUAAAACAAUUUUUCAGACGAGUAGGAGAGACAAAACAGAACCUUCUUGACAAGGCUACACCAUACACAUCCUUUAGAUGGGUCUUCACACUUGUUGUAUUUUUAGCAUAUGGACUUCGAGUUUACUAUUUACAGGGUUGGUAUAUUGUCACAUAUGCCCUGGGGAUUUAUCUGUUAAAUCAAUUCAUAGCAUUUUUAACUCCCAAAGUGGACCCAGCCUUUCAGGAACAAGAUGAUGAUGAGGAUGGACCAUCACUUCCUACAAAAGCCAAUGAAGAAUUCAGACCUUUUAUGAGAAGGUUACCUGAAUUUAAGUUUUGGUAUAGCACAACUAAAGCCAUCGUCAUUGCGAUGAUAUGCACUUUUUUUGAGGCCCUAAAUAUUCCUGUGUUCUGGCCAAUUUUAGUCAUGUACUUCAUCAUUUUGUUUAUGAUAACCAUGAAACGACAAAUAAAGCAUAUGAUUAAGUACCGUUAUAUACCAUUUUCGCAUGGAAAGAAAAGAUACCAAGGCAAAGAAGACACUGGAAAAGUGAUACAUGUGGCAGGGGAGCCAACUGUGUCCAUUCCGCAAUCGCAGCAGUAGUUGUGAGGUGUAGUGGUAUUUGUAACAUUCUGUGGUGUUUGCUGGGUGCUAAUGUGUAAAGGGUCUGAAGGACAGCAAGUGUGUAAAUGACCAUCAGUUAUGUGUAGGACCUCUAAAACAAUUUAACAAUGUCUUGUAAUUAGAAGGAGAGACAUAUAAAUCUUUUUAAGUUGUGUUCAAUUUCAUUUCUGCUCUUCAGGCAUGAACAUGCUAAGAGUGAAGUUUAAUUAAAAAAAAAAUAUAA